AUGGACAAUUUGAGAGAACUUUUGGAGGAACAUUUGCCGAAUUCGUUUGAUGAAUUUUAUGAACGAGGCUGCACAUUUAGUGACUGCAUUUGGAGUUACAGAAGAACAGAACAAGCGAACAUUAAGAACUCAUAUUACAAACAAGUAAAGGCAUAUCGUAACUCGUUGAAAACAGCACUGAGCACAAAGAAAUCUCAACAGAGUAGCGAUAUCCAACCUCAUAAGACUGCUGAGGCCCAGAAACCUGGUUUCGACGUAGACCUAUACUUGACGAUUCUUACUCCCAUUACUGCACAGUGCGUCAAAACCAAAAUUGGUUGGAAAAAGAACGGUUUUUGCGUUGCUAAAAACGAUAACUCUUUUGUGGAGCUAAGUGGAAACUACUUGGGAAAAAUACAGAGGAGCUACCAAUUAACAGUUCAUGUUUUUCCAGUUUUAAUUCAAAACCCUGACAGUAUUCAUUUUGAACCAUUUGUUAAAUAUGCUCAACAAGCGGCAUUUUGGCGCCAAGUGUAUGGCAUUCCUGACCCUGAUGUCAACUGGAGAAAGGAUGGAAUGCAAAUAGAAAAAACAAGCACUUACUUUACAAAAGGAAGUCAAUGGCUACUAAUUUCUGAAGUGACUCUUGCUGAUUUGGGAAAUUACUCUUGCUAUGUCAACAACUCAUUGGGGCAUGUAGAGUCCGAUCUAGCCACGUUAUCGGCGUCGAACGCUACUGACAGGUAUUUUCGCUUCUGGCGCAUUUACACCACUCUAACUCCGAUCCUGCAUCAGCGAGCUUACAUUUAUAUAUACUGUUUCUCUUGCUUCGAUUUGGGAACCUUCAAGAUUUACAAAAAUGGAAUAUAUCUAAAUACUUCAGCCGAUGAGCGAAUAUAUUUCUAUAGUAGCUAUUCUAGAUUUCGCUUUAUCAUGUCAUAUGUGACUGAAGUAGAUUUUGGAAUAUACGAAAUUCUGUUCGUCGACCGAGGAAUUUCUUGGUUUACAGUCAUCGACGUUCAAGUUCCACCGAUGACAUCUGUUACAACUAUAGGCGAUGUCUAUAUAGAGAGUCUGGAGGCGAGACUAAUGGGAAUAUACGUCCAAAGACACAGGUGCAGGUCAGCUCUCGUAACUGCCGACCCCAUUGCUUCGGCUAUGCGAUGGGGCGCUGCCGUUCAAAGAAGAACAUAUAAUGUUCUAGGACCCAACAGUUUGUGGCAUAUUGACAGUCACCACUCACUGAUACGUUGGCGUCUGGUUGUGCACGGUGGUAUCGACGGCUAUUCUCGGAUGGUUGUGUACUUAACUUGUUCAGACAACAACCGAGCCGACACAGUCUUGGAAGCCUUCAAUGAGGCUACGAGAUUGUGA